UGUAGCUCCCGAAACAAUAGCCCACGUUCUUUGUUUUUAUAUUUGUUCUUUUUUUUCAUUACUUGUUUAGAUCGAUUCUCGUGGCCAUGAAACGGGCCUCGAUGGGCACAUCGCGCAACUUUCUCCGCGAGAACCGGAUGAUGGUGAGCCAGGCGUCUCCAAGCUACCAGAUGCCCACCGCCGCCUCAAUGGCCAGAUGCUGCGGCCCAGUGAGGUUUCUUUUGGCCGCCACUCAGCGGGGUUUGAGUGGCGGAACAGCGGCUAAAGUUGUUCCCAGUCAACGGAAGCUAUCCGAGAAGCAGAUCCAAACAGAGGACAUCAGCGAUGAGCGGUUUCUCAAUGCCGCCCUGCUCAAGUGCUCGGAUAAGACCCAACCCCACUUGCAGUCCCGUAGCGAGGGCGAUGAUCCAGCGGAAGGCGGAGGAGAACAGUUUCGGGAUGACAGACUACGGCUGCGACGCACUGCGUCCAAUUUUGAGCUGGGCAAAAUGCCGGAACAACGCGAUGGCUAUCAGCCGGGGCAGUACAUAAUGCACCGGCCGUUAGCUAACGCGUUCGGCAUUUUGCCCGGCGGUUUGAAUUACCUGGACAACUGUUUCUCUUCCAACCGAAAACAGGAUGAUGAGGCAUCUCUCCGUUCGCAUUCCGUCAAGACGAGUUCUCCAAGAGUACGCCAAAUGGACAUUCCUGAGGUGGUGGAUGUGAACCCGGAGGAUGUCUUAAGUGUGCACUCGCAGGAGUCCUGUGCAGAUCUUUCUGUUUUAGAUGUGCAGCGCAAGGAAGCUGAGGUCCAACCACAGGAGAACUCCCAGACGGAGUCAGGUGAGGAGUCCCAGCCCAUCCUGCUUACCAGUGAGCAGAGAAUGCUCCUCAUGGAUGCCGCCCGUAAGCGGCAAAACCAAUUGAUUGCCGAAUACAACCGCUUGCCGCUUUCCAUGGGCACAUUGCGAGUCCGGAAUCUCAAGAGACAACUGGAGCAGCAAUUGGAUGUGCUGGACUACGACCUCAGCAGGCUAUCGCUGGCGAACGUGUAUUUGAAGCAAGAGUCACAAUUUGGAACAGUCGCCUAUCAAAAAUUGUCAACAAAAAUAAAUGCUUAG